AUAUGAUUGAUUGCGGAAUUUUAUUGACUUGAAUUGAAAAGUUGUUUGAAUAGCAAGUGAAUUUUUGUGUUCUAAUUCUGUUGAAUUAAACAAUAUAUAAAAAUGGAAAUGUCAGAUUCGGAAGAUGAAAACAAGGAAAUUAAAAGCUUCGAAGAAAUUCAUGAUGAGAUCCAAGAGUAUAAAAGAAACCCUGAAACUUCUGAAAUGUUUGUAUCUGGAUGGGAUGAUGCUGAUCAAGACGUCGAUGUGGUUAAGGAUCCCAAAGCAAAUCCCAUUGACUAUGUUUUAUGGGCAGCAGAGAAUGGUGAAAUCUGUAUUUUGAGAGAACUACUGAAAAAACAGCCAGGUCUUGUUCACGCACAAGAUGCUGAUGGCUACACACCACUUCACCGGGCAGCAUACAGUAAUCAUAUUGAGGUCAUAUCAUACUUAUUAAGUAUUGGAGCUAAUUUAAACACCAAAACACAGCUCGGGUGGACAGCAUUACAUUCGGCAUCUAACUGGAAUAAUUAUAUAGCUGCUGCUAGACUAUUAGCUGCUGGUGCAGAUCCAGGGGCCCUGUCUGAUGGAGGACAAACCCCCAUGCAUUUAGCAGCAGCAAUAAGUCAUUGUAAGUCAACAUUAUUAAUUUUGUUUUUGAGAGAUGAUACUGUGGAAAUAGCUCAUAAAAAAAAUAGUGCUAAUGAAACUCCAGAACAGUUAGCUCAAAGACAUGGAAUAUACGGCCCUCUAUUUGAGAUGGUGUCACCAGCAGUGUCAUAUAUAAAAUCUAUAGCAUUUACUUCUAAUCCAUAUUUAAGACAAAAGUCUGUAUAAAGAUAAUAAAUAAGCAAAUCAAAUA